AUGUCUGGGGCGACGGCAAGAAGGGGUCAGGGAGGGGAAGGGAGGGUUGGGGCUUUGCCCGCCACUCCACAGUCUCAGAGGGAACUCCCGCUUCUGUACCCGUCGGAGCGCGAACUCCUCGGCGGCGACGGCGGCGACGGCGGCGGCGGCAGCGGCGGCAGCUACGGCUGCAGCAACGGCGGCGGCGGACAGACACUCCCCCUUCGCGCGGCCCGCCCUCUCUGCGCGCCCCCGAGCAGCCGCGAGCCCGGGUCAGGCUCUGGCCCCGCUGUAUCUUCGCGGGCGGGCGCGCGCACCGGAAGUGACGUGGGCUCGGGACCCCGGGGGCGGGCGGUGGACCCCAGCUGGCAGAGCCUGGGGCUGGGGUCUGAGAUGGCGCAGACUGCCUUCUCCGCCGCUGGCGCCCGGGCUGGCGCCCGGGUGCCCACCCCUAACAUAGUGGGAAGUGGAGUGGGAACCGCUAGCUUUGCAGAACGCAGAGUCCUUCCUCAUCCUGGCGUUCCGGUGCCUUGGAGUGGAAUCGCGGGAGACUAUGCAGCGGCUUGUGUGGUUUUCCUUCUGUCCCGCCACGCGGCGGCUCCUCAACUCAAAGGCUGCCUUCUCCCCACAGUUCCAGGUCCGAGAGAAGCAGCACCGUCGGGUUGGACGUCGCGCGCGAGGGUGGCCUCUAAGUCUGCAUCUGCCAGUCAUCGGCCGCGGGAAAAGCCUGGUCCUAGGCAUGGUCGUGGUUCGAGCCUCUCCUUCCCUCGGACAUUGACAUAUUCGCUGAGCCCACCACGUUGUCCUCUGGGUGGGGAAGAACAUCAAGAACAGCUUCAGCAGAGGCUUGCGUGUAAAUUAUCCCCAGGUCAUACUAGGACCAGAUGUUGUGGAAGAAUGUAGUAAGAGUCGCAACUUUCCCACUGAAAUGCCCCCAACUGAUUGGAUGAUGCCUGCCCACAUUGAGGGUGGGUUGUCUUCUUUCAGUUCACUGACUCGCAUUUAAUCUCCUCUGGAACCCUCACAGACACAUUCAGAAGCAUUCCUCAAUCUAGUAAAGUUGACACCUGAAAUUAACCACCACAAAUGGUUAGACUUUUUAUUUUCUUUACAGUAUUUGUGAUGUAUUUAAUAUUUUAUCAGCUUUAUUGAAGAUAAUUGACAUAUUUCAGUGUGUAAUAAGUUUUUAAAUUUAUGUACACAUGAAGCCAUCACUCUAAUUAUAAUAAUGAACAUAUUCAUCACCUUAAAAAGUUUCCUUUUGCUCCCUUGGAAUCUUUCCCUCAUGCCCCUCUUUGCCCACCCAGUCCUAGUCAAUGAUAUGUCUGCUUGCUGUCACUAUACUAUAAUUUGUAUUUCAUUUAAUUUAAAUAACGGGCUCAAGCAGUAUGUAUUCUCUUUUGGUAUGGCUUCUUUCACUCUGCAUAAUUAUUUUUAGAUUAAUUAGUGUUGUUUCAUGCAUCAAGAGUUCACUGGUUUUAAUUGUUGAGUAGUAUUGACUAUGGCUAUGUUUAUACAUUCACCUGUUGAUCAAUAUUUACAUUAUUUCCAAUUUUGACUAUUAUAGUAAAGCUACUGUGAAUAUUCAUGUACAAGUCUCUGUAUGAUUUUAUGCUUUUAUUUAACUUGGGUGAAUCCUAGGGGUAGAAUGACUGGAUUAUAUGAGAUAUAUAUGUUUAAUUUUUAAAGAAAUUGCUAAACUGUUUUCCUAAAAUAGUCUAACAUUUUACAUUUCCAACAGUAUGAUGCUUCUAGUUGUUCCACACUCUCAUCGGUACGUUAGUAUAAUCAAUAUUUUUAAUUUUAGAUAUUCUAACAAAUGUGUAAUAAUAGUAUUUUAUUAUGGUAAUAAUUUACAUUUAGCUAACAACUAGUAAUAUUGAGCAUCUUUUUCUAUGCCUACUUGCCAUCCAUGUAUCUUUUUUUGGUGAUAUAUCUGUUCAAACAUUUUGCCCAUUUUUAUUGGGUUCUCUGUUUUCAUUAUUGCAUUUUGAGAGUUCUUUAUAUGAAUACUGUUCUUUUAUCAGAUACGUUAUUUGCAAAUAUAUUCAUUCAAUCUGUGGUUUGUCUUUCAUUCUACUAAUACUGGCUGUCAAAAAACAGAAGUUCUUUUCUUAAUUUUAACAAAAUUCAAUUUAUCAUUUUUUUAAUCAUGAUUUUGUUGUCAUAUCUAACAAAUUUUUGCCUAGGAUUGGGGCACAAACUCCAAGUACAGAUGGCUUCACUAAUGAAUUCUACCAAAUAUUUAAGAAAAAUAAUAUCAAGUCUACACAAAGUAUUCCUGAAAGUUAAAGAUGGGGGUAUACAUCUUAAUUCACUCUAUGGAACAAGUAUUACUCUGUUACCAAAACCAGACAAAGAUGUUACAAGAAAACAAUCUACAGGCCAGGCUCAGUGGCUCACACCUGUAAUCCCAGCACUUUGGGAGGCUGAGAUGGGUGGAUCAUCUGUUUUGAGGUCAGGAGUUCGACACCAGUCUGGCCAACAUGGUGAAACCCCAUUUCUACUAAAAGUAUAUAUACACACACACACACACACACUAACUGGGUGUGGUGGCCAGCACCUGUAAUCCCAGCUACUCGGAAGGCUGAGGCAGGACAAUUGCUUGAACCCGGGAGGCAGGGGUUGCAGUGAGCUGAGAUUGUGCCAUUGUACUCUAGCCUGGGUCCAAGAGCAAGACUCUAUCUCAAAAAAAAAAAAAAGAAAAAGAAAAAGAAAUCUAUAAACCAAUAUCAAUUACUAACAUAUAUGCAAAAAUUCUAAAUGAAAUGCUAACACAUCAAAUUAAAUAAUGUAUAAAAGGGAUAAUACAUCAUUGCCAAGUAGGGCUUAUAUCAGAAAUGCAAGGUUAUCUUAACAUUUGAAAAGCAAUCAAUGUAUUGUAAUUUACCAUAUUAAGGGGAUAAAAUAUUGAAAGCAUAAUCAUCCCAAUAGAUGCAGAAAAUUAUUUCCCAAAAUCCAAUUUCAUUCCUGAUUUUAAAACAACUUUCAUCUAGGAAUAGAAGGGAACUUCUUCAUCCAAAUGUGAGACAUCUACAAAAACCCCCUAGGCUAGCAAGUGGUGAAAGAUCAAAUUCUUUCUUCCUAAGAUCAGAAACCUGAUAAGAAUGAUUGCUUUCACUGCUUCUAUUCAGUAUUUUACUGGAAGUUCUAGUCUGUGCACUCAAAUUUUUAAAGCACAACUUACAAUAGCAUCAAAUAUAUUAAAUAUUUAGGAAUAAAUGUGACAAAAGAGGUUCAAGACCUGUAAACUUAAAACUAUAAAAUAUUGCUGUGAGAAGUUAACAUGGUGGCAUGGUGGUUCCGUGACUCAUGCCUGUAAUCCCAGAACUUUGGGAGGCCAAGGCAGGCUGAUCACCUGAGUCAGGAGUUCAAGACCAGCCUGACCAACAUGGUGAAACCCUGUCUCCAUUGAAAAUACAAAAAUUAGACGGGCGUGGUGGCGCAUGCCUUUAAUCCCAGCUACUCAGAAGGCUGAGGCAGGAGAAUUGCUUGAACCCUGGAGGUGGAGGUUGCAGUGAGCCAAGAUCGCACCAUUGCACUCCAGCCUAGGUGAAAAAGCAAGACUCCAUCUCCAAAAAAAAAAAGAAAAAAACAGUUAACAAAGAGCUAAAUUAAUGAAGUGAUAAGCCAUGUUCAUGCAUCAGAAGACGAAUUUUGUUAUGAUGUCACUUCUUCCCAAAAUUUAUCUAUAGAUUAAUGCAUUCCCAAGCAAAAUUACAUUACUUUUUUUUUGUAACAUUGACAAGCUAAAAUUCACAUAGAAAUGCAAAGGACUUAGAAAGAAUAGCUAACACAACCUUGAAAAAGAAAAAGCAAGUUGUAACAUAUAUACUGCUUGAUUUAAAGACUUAUGAUAAAGCUUCAGUAAUUAAGAUAGUAUGCUUUUGGUGUAAAGACAGACACGUAGCCAGAAAUAAACCCAUACAUAUAUUUUCAGUUGAUUCUUGGCAAAGGUGCAAAAGGUUCAAAGGUACAUUUUAAGUGAAGGAAGGAAAAGCUUUUAACCAAACUGCUGUAAGAGUGGAUAUCCAUCUUUUAAAAAGAACUUUGAUCCAUGCCUCAUGCAAAAUACAAAAGUUAACUCAAAAUGUAUCAUAUUCUUAAAUGAAAACCUAUAGCUAUAAGAGAUUUUCUAGUUAGAUUUUGUUAUUAAUUUCUACUAUUGUUGCGUUGUUGUGAGAGUACAUUUUCUGUGUUAUCUCAUUCUUUGAAUUUGUUUCGACAUGCUCUAUGACCAGCUAAAUGGUCAAAUUUUAUACUUGUCAAAAGUCUGCAUGAAAACAUGCGUGUUCUGCAGUUAUUUUACUGUGUUUCAUAUAUGUCUACUAAGUUAAAUUUGUUAAUCAUGUUCAAGUGUUGUACAAGUUUACUGAUUUUGGGAUAUUUAUUUAAUCUAGCAAAUGCUGAUGGAGGGUAAUAAAAUCUCCCACAAGGAUAGUGGAUUUGUUGACUUUCUUUAUAAUUUUCCCAACAUUUGCUUUCUAUA